AUCAGAGCAUUGUUUUUCUGUCACGUCGAUGCACGGAUAGUAAGCUAACGGAUAUUGCAAACAUAAACUAAUAUAAAGAACGUGGGUUGUUUCCAGGGGCCGUACAGCACGGUGAGGUUUGCCCGUUUGGAGUAUUUCAUGUUUGGACUUUUAUUCUGGAGAAUGUGGAGCGGCCAUCGCUGCGAGGACACACACAUUGAGUAACGUGAGCUAAGUAGCGUUAGCAUUAGCCUGCUAAUUUCUAACAAGGCCGCGGAGAAACACGAGCUGCUUCCUGUUCAAGCUCCAUUGAGAAUGUAGGUUGCAUCACAAACAGCGUUAUAAAAUAAUUGCUUUGUAUCUAAGUAGCUAGCUCAGUGGUGUAGUCAAUUGCGUUUAAGUUUGUUUUAGUUGUGCUCGCGGGCUACCUAGCUUGUUAGCUAUUUUGCUAGCUAGCUAGCAUGAGUGAAGUGACGGGCUGCAAACAGUCCGCUGACUCUGCAUCGAGGAAACGGUGUCCAUCACCAGACCAAGAUGAAAGCAAAACUAUCCCCUGCAAGUCCGCAAAAGUGAGUGACGCAUCAAAUGAAGCGGGGGUCGCUACAGAAAGUUGCAAAAACAGUGAAGCUGAGAGUAAAGAAAUAGCCGGGAGCGAGGGAAGAGACAGGGAAGGAACAGCAGCUGCUGUGCAAGCAGAUCAGGGUUCAGACCGCACAGAUGGCACCAGUGCACUGCCUGUCAACAACUCCAGUGCUGAUGGUCACAAUGCCAACAAUACAGAAAAGCCACAGUCCUCAGACGCACAUGGGUCUGCAGAGGCAAAGGCAGACACAGAGAAGACAACAGGGACAAAACAGGGUCCCUCAGCUUCUCUGGUCCAAAGCGACUCAGCAGCCAUAGCAGCUGCUGAAGCUCUUGCCAGUCUCACAGGAGGAGACGGGGAAGACAGCCAAGAGACUCCUUGCUCAUCCGAAAAGGCCAAACAGGUGAAACAGGGGAGCAAAUUUAAACAACGCGGGGGCCACCAGUCCUCAAGAACAGGCUCUAGAACGCAGGCAGCUGCUGCAGAUAGCUCCACAUCUGUGCACAGCACUGACAGAGAAGAUGCAGAUGAGAUGCCAGAAGCAGAUGAAGGUGAUGAAUCCAUAUCUGGGUCUUCCUCCACUCCGAGCUCCUCUUUCCCAUCAGACAAUGAGGACAAUGACGAUGGGGAGUGUGCCAUUGUGUCAGUUAAGAUGGCCCCAGAGAUGAGACAGUCGGUGGCUCUCCUGGCGCAGGUGCAGAUGAGACUGGAAGCUCUUGAGAAGAAGAGCGCUCGGCUUCACCAGCGGCUGGAGCUGAAGAUAAGUCGUCAGCGCCGCCCACAUCUGGAUCAGCGCAGCUCCAUCACAAAAUCAAUCCCUGGCUUCUGGGUGACAGCUCUGUUGAACCAUCCUCAUCUCUCGGCUCACAUUGAUGAGACGGAUGAAGACGCUCUCAGUUACAUGACUGAUCUCGAGAUCGAGUCCUUCAAGAAUAAUAAACUGGGUUACAGGAUCCGCUUCCACUUCAGACGGAACCCGUACUUCCAGAACAACAUCAUAAUGAAGGAGCUGCACCUCGGCAUGGGAGCUUCUCCUGUUUCAGGAUCUCCUAUGUCAUUCUCCAACCCCAUCCUGUGGCACCGUGGACAGAACCUGACGGCCCACAGUGAACCCCGGAAGUCGUCGCGUGGCGUCUAUCAGACCUUCUUCAGCUGGUUCAGUGACCAUAGCAACCCAGGACAAGACGAUGUAGCACUGAUACUUAAGGACGACCUGUACAGAGACCCUCUGAGAUACUACCUCACUCCUCUGUGGGAGCCGAGAGAGAACGGCAGCGGUGGCUCUAGCGGGGCCAGAGCAGCUGACAACGGAAAUGGAGAUGAGUGUGUGGUGAUCUCUGACUCAGACGAUGAGCCCGGUGAGGAAGCUGGUGAAGCUGAACAAGGUCACAGUAGGGAGGAGGAAGAGGAGGAUGACGAAGAGGAGGAGGAAGAAGACGAAGAAGAAGAAGAAGAAAUGGAGGAGAGGGGGCCAAGUGCUGAUGAGAGUCCAGAGGAGAAGGAUGAUGGUGGUGGAGAAAUUGUGAUUGACGGCUCUGACGACAGUGAGCAGGAAGAGGAGGAGGCCUGAAAAGGCGCCGAUAGGAAGAGGUGGUGUGUGUCAGUGAAGAAGGCGAGUCAUCGAGGGACCAGAGACCAGGAAGAGGACGCCCAGGUUGACAUAGAAUACCAGAGCAAUGUCAUUUUUAUGCACAGAAUAUCAGUUUUUGUUUUUUUUCUACCUAAAAAAAAACAUAGAAGCAUUUUAAAUCAGGGUUAACAAUAAUAAAGCCAAGGCAGCAUGGUUUCCCCUCUAUUUUAUACACUCGGUACUGUGCAUUCUGAUUCACUUUUUGCAAAAAUAUUCUUUUUUAAACUGGUUCUCAGGCAUAUUAUGCCAGUCAGUUCAUACACGUAGUGUCCUUCUAUUUAAUGAGGAGCAUCGUAAAACAGCCUGCACACACGUCGGCGAGGUCUUGUGUGCCGCUACUUGUCAGCAUUAAAUGUUGCAUUGAAAAUUAUUUAAAAAGAAAAAAUAAUAAUGCAGAAACCUUCAGUGGCAUUAUGUAGUGGUUAUUUCAAGGCAAAGUUUGGCUGUUUUUAGUAUUGACAUCACUAGAUAAAUUGACAAUAAUGACAGUACGUUUCAGAUGCACUGAGUACUGAACCAAAAUUUAUUCUCAGGGAUGAUCAUGGUGGUAGUUUUAUGGAAAGAAUCUUACUGAUUUUGACAUUUUCAGACAUUUACACACUCUGGUGGUUGUUGGUUGUGUAUAGGGAAACGUGUACUCUACUGUAGUAAAUAGGAACAAAUAUUGUUUUAAUAUGAUACCUGUGUUUUUCCUUCUUCACCUAUAUGUUCAGUCUUGUUAAACACAACCUCCAUCCCCCCGUCACAACCUGUAAACCGUCUCUGAUGUUUAAAAUCAUGGCGUAGUUUUACCAACGUUUUUGUGGAUUUUUUUUCUACCCUUUUAGAAUUUUAACUUAAUUUGACUUUACUUUCUAAAACAUUUAAGAUUUGUUUUCAUGUAAUGUGUUUUAAGGUUUGUGUUAUCUUUUUAAAAAGUUGAUAUUAUGUUUUUCUACACGUCCACAUUAAGGCAUGCCUGUGAGCAUGAACUGUAAGACAGAAUGAAAACAUUAAGGCUUUUUCUGUGCACAGUGUCGGUAAAUGUCGUUAAAAACUUCACAGCAACAUUAUGGGGUGCACUGUAACAAAUUAGUAUUUGUAUUCGCUUACUUUUCUUAGUAAUGACCUGUAAAUAAUAUUUCAGCAUUGUCUUUUGGAUAAGACAAGUACACGUGUUUAAUCCAUGGAUGAAUUUAUCAAUUAAUCUGGAGUUUUUUCAUAAACAUGAUCAGAAAGUUAUAUUUUGUGUGCUGUGUUUUAUAGAACACUGUAGUUUAAAGAUACCUACUUGUUUGUUGCUUUGGUUAAUUUUGUUUGCUUAAAGAUAAAUGUCCACCUUUUGACUCAGACCUAAUAAAAUAGGCAGUUGUUUGA